AGCCGCCAUGCUAGCCAAGCUGGGCGACAGGCACCGGCAGGGCAAAAGUGGACCUUCAGGAGGAAAAGCAGUACCACCAAGACCUACUAAAGGUGCAUCUAAAAAACGGGAUGAAGAUGUCUCCACUGAAGUGGGACAGGGAGGAGAUGAAUGGGCAGCAGCAAAGACUCCAGAUCAACUGGAGCUGACCAAAGCUGAAUUAGAAAAGGAAUUUACACGCACUCUGUCAUCUGAUAAUCCCCAUGCUCCCAGGAAUCUUGUCAGAUACAUCUUUAAAAAGGGAGCAUAUGAGCCAAUAAGUGAUGUUGAUCAAAUGGCCAUUCAUAUAUCUUUUAAUGGAAACCUGAUACCUAAAGAUUCAGAUGAAGGGAGACGACAGAGUAUCAAGUCAGGCAGUGAAGCAGAAAAGGCUCCUGAUGAGACAUCUACAGUAACACCAGAACAGGCAGAUGAAGAAAGUGCAAAAGAUACCCAGGCUGCAGGAGAGGAGAAGGCAGGGGCAGCUGGGGCGCAAGUAGCAAAAAAGGAGAAGAAGAUUGAAAACCGGUUCAAUUACACUGAAAGAGCUACACUGACCCUCAGCAACCGUAUGCAGGAAAGAGCAUGUCAGUUAGAACCUAGACCUUGUAAAAAUUUCUCUGCCACUGCUAACCAGUGGGAGAUCUAUGAUGCAUAUGUGGAGGAGCUUCAAAAAACACAAGCUCAGACAGGAAAGAAAGAAGAGGAGAAGAGGAAAGGAAGAAGGUCAACCUUCCUGGAGUCACAGAGUGAUGAUAUAAACAAGAUCUCAAAGGCAGCUAAAAUAAUGGAGCGGAUGGUGAAUCAGAACACAUUUGAUGACAUCGCACAAGAUUUUAAAUAUUUUGAGGAUGCCUCUGAUGAAUUCAGAGGUCAGGAAGGAACCCUCCUCCCACUCUGGAAGUUCCAGUAUGAGAAAACCAAGGGACUUGCAGUUACUGCCAUCUCCUGGAAUCCAAAGUACAAGGACCUAUUUGCAGUGGGGUAUGGCUCUUAUAACUUCAUGAAGCAGGGCCAGGGCAUGCUCCUGCUCUACACCAUGAAGAAUCCCUCCUUCCCAGAGUAUGUCUUCAGUAGUGAGAGUGGCAUCAUGUGCCUGGACUUCCAUAAUGACCACCCCUCCCUCAUGGCAGUGGGCUUCUAUGAUGGCAACGUGGCCAUCUACAACCUGAAGAAGGCAACCUCCCAGCCCAGCUACAAGAGUAGUGCUAAGUCAGGAAAGCACACGGAGCCAGUGUGGCAGGUCAAGUGGCAGAAGGAUGACAUGGACAACCAUCUGAACUUCUUUUCUAUCUCCUCAGAUGGACGCAUUGUUUCAUGGACUUUAGUUAAGAAUGAGCUGGUUCAUACAGAUGUCAUCAAGCUGUCAGUACAGGGAACAACGGUGCAGGGGCCAGAGGAUCUGCAGCUGCAAGUGGUUGGCUGUGGGACGUCGUUUGAUUUUCACAAAAAGAUAGACUAUUUGUUUCUUGUUGGUACUGAAGAGGGAAAGAUCUACAAGUGUUCAAAACACUAUUCAAAACAAUUUCUGGAUGUGUUUGAAGCCCAUCACAUGCCCGUGGACUCAAUCAGCUGGAAUCCCUACCACCCGAAAAUCUUCAUUUCCUGUAGUUCUGACUGGACAGUCAAGAUCUGGGAUCACACCAUCAAGACUGCAAUGUUUGUUUAUGACCUCCGUUGUGCUGUAGGGGACGUUGCAUGGUCCCCUUACUCUGCCACGGUCUUUGCUGCAGUCACCACUAAUUGCCAGGCUCAUGUGUUUGAUAUGAGUAUUAAUAAGUAUGAAGCUCUCUGCACCCAGCUAGUGGUGGCCAAGAAGAAAAAUAAGUUAACCCAUAUUCAGUUUAACCCUGUCUACCCUGUUGUCAUCGUUGGAGAUGAACAAGGCCACAUUAUCUCCUUGAAGCUCUCUCCCAACCUUCGCAAGAUGCCCAAGGUAAGGAAGAUCUGUGUUCCCCUGAUGGAGUUGGCCGUGGAGCCGCCGCCGCCGCACCGGGCGCGGCAGCCGCUGCCGGAGCGGCUGCUGUCCCCGCCGGGACCACCCGCCCCCCUCUCCGCUCUCAGCCAGCACCCUGCCCUCCCGGGAACCCUGCCCUCCGGGACCUCAUCCCCGUACCUCCGGGGGACAACCUACCCGCUCCCACCGGGCACAGGUCCGACCGGGACCCCCGCCGCUGCCUCACGUGGAGUCCCCCUCCUCGGUUCGCUGGGGACUGUGUCUUGCGGGGACGCCCCCGCCCUCGUUCCCAUCGGGGACCGCGUCUUACUGGAGACCCCCUCCCCGGUCCCAUCGGAGAUCUCCGCUCCGACGGUCUCACUGGGAAACCGCCUCCUACUGAGCCCCCUACCUACCCCGUCGCGGCCCCCUCGAGGACCCCGUCCCGAUCCCGCCAGACAACCCCGCACCGGUACCACCGGACGCCCUGUCCUCCCGGCUCCCUCCUUCCGCUCCCACCGGGGACCCCAAUCCCGCUCCUUCUCCGACCGGGGGUGCCCCUAUCCCGCUCCCACCGUGCACCCCCGCGCUGCCGCACCCCCCGUCCCCCCCGUCCGGCCCUCACCAGGGCGGGUCCGUGUCCUCACCACCCUCCUGCUCAGCAUCUCUGCACCGUGGGGUCUGGUGACACUCCUAGCUGGAGAGAAAGAGAAAUCCCCCAGACAAACGGCUAUCGACGGCUGCGGCUGCGGCGGCACGGAUAGAUACUGGGAGUAUAGACUGGCAUGGCAGACAACGGAGCAGAUUGAGAGAUACUCGGAGCAGAGAGAUACUGCAGGAGGAAUGGGGAGAUAG